AUGACAUGGAGCAGGUUGUGUUUGGUCAGGAUUAUGUGCAGUGUGUCUGAACGCUCCCCUUCUCUUGACUGCUGACUGAUUAAACUCAUCCAGGGAGGAGUUCAUCACCAGUUAAAAUAUUUGCCAGACUAACACUAGAAUCCCCCAUCAGUGCAGAAUCACUCCCAGUAAUACCACAGAUACAUUUAUGUGCCUGAAAGUGUCUGAAAUGUGGAGCAGGACCUUCCUUAUUGGACCCUCCUGAGCAGUUCCUGGCCUGAGCACAACCAGGGACGCCUGCCUGGGAGAAGCACGACUUCAUCGAUCACCCCGAAGGUCCAGUUUGAAGAUUUCGCUGCUGUUGUUGUUGAUCGAUACGGCAAAAAUGGACGGACAGCGCAAAGCCGCCGCGUUCGCCGUCUUCAACCAGCUCCGUCUGCAGGGGAAACUGUGCGACGUGGUGAUCAGAGUGGACAACGUCGACUUUAACGCCCACAAGGUCGUCCUCUGCAGCUGCAGCCCGUACUUCCGAGCGCUCUUUGACUCCCAGUGGACGAAACCAGAGGACAAAGUGUACAACAUCCCCGGCCUGUCGUCCAAGAUGAUGCGUCUGAUCAUCGAGUACGCCUACACACACUCCGUUCCCGUGACCGAGGACAACGUGGAGGAGCUCUGCGCGGUGGCGGACCAGUUCACCGUCAAGGGCAUCAUCGACGCCUGCUGCAGGUUCCAAGAAAAGCAUCUCAGGUCCGACAACUGCAUCGGCAUCUGGAAGUUCGCGGACAUCUACUGCUGCCCCGAACUCGAGCGCAAGGCCUUCCUGUUCAUCCUGCAUCGCUUCGAGGAGGUCGUCGCCUCCGAGGGGUUCCUGCAGCUCACUGCCGAGCAGCUGGCCGUCAUCAUCGGGAGGGACGAUCUCAACGCGAGGCAGGAGAAAACCGUAUUUGAGGCCGUCGUCCGCUGGAUCAGCCACUCGCCUGAGGACCGCCAACGCCACAUGGCUCUGCUGUUGUCCAAGUUUCGCCUGACCAUCAUGAACACUGAUUACUUCAUAAACGACGUGAAGUACCACGCUCUGGUGAAGGACGACGCCGAGUGUCAGUCCAUCAUCAACAGCACUUUCCUGGCCAUGUAUAACCUCCUCAACAACCGAGACCCCAACUCGGACGGCCACACCCCUCUGUUCGGCCAGCGCCUGCCCUACGCCGUGCUGCUGGCCAUCGGCGGCUGGAGCGGCGGCGGUCCCACCAACGGCAUCGAGGCGUACGACCCCCGCGCCGACCGCUGGAUCAACGUGACCACCAACGAGGAGAGUCCUCGGGCGUACCACGGCGCCACCUUCCUCGACGGCAUGGUCUACUGCGUCGGCGGCUUUGACAGCAUCGACUACUUCAGCAGCGUGCGCAGGUUUGACCCGCGCACCCACACCUGGCACGAGGCGGCGCCCAUGCAUUCGUGCCGCUGCUACGUCAGCGUGGUCACCCUGAACGGCUGCAUCUACGCCAUGGGAGGCUACGACGGACACGGGCGACUCAACACGGCCGAGCGCUACGAUCCCCGGACCAACCAGUGGACUCUGCUGCCGCACAUGCACGAACAGAGGAGCGAUGCCAGCGCCGCAGCACUCCGCGGCAAGGUGUUCAUUUGCGGAGGCUUCAAUGGGAAUGAGUGCCUGGCCACGGCCGAAUGCUACGACCCCGACACCAACCAGUGGACGCUGAUUGCACCAAUGAGAAGCCGGCGCAGUGGGGUGGGCGUCGUCGCCUACAGAGGACACAUCUACGCAGUGGGCGGCUUUGACGGCACCAACCGCUUGCAAAGCGUCGAGGCCUACAACCCCGUGAUCAACAGCUGGCACAACAUGCCCUCCAUGCUGACGCCGCGCAGCAACUUCGGCAUCGAGGUGGUGGACGACCUGCUCUUCGCGGUCGGCGGCUUCAACGGCUUCACCACCACCUUCAACGUGGAGUGCUACGACGGCGACGAUGGUGAGUGGUACGAGGCCCACAACAUGGACAUCUUCCGCAGUGCCGUGAGCUGCUGUGUGAUGCACGGGCUCCCCAACAUCGCCGAGUACGCCGCGCCCCGCGCCGCCCUGCUGCUCCCGCCCGCCGCGGAGGCCGACUCCGAAGGGUCGAUCGAAUCUCUCUAACGUCCAGACGGAGUUUCAGCUCAGUGCUGCCCCCUGCCUGCACACCUUGGCAUCACAGACUGGGUUUUGGAAAGUAAAUAAAUGAAAUUAAUUUCUCUGCAUCAAAAAAAAAAAAAAAAAAAAAAAAAAA